AUGAAGAAGAGUAUUAAAAAUGGAGCUGUAUUAAGUGAUUGUCAAAUUCAAGCAAUGCGUCUUAAUAAACUUGAAUAUCGUCGUUUACAACGUGAUAUUAAUUUAAUGCAUAAUGAUUUACGAGAUACUUUAGCUCGUUUACAACGACAAGCACAAACUUUAAAAUAUCGUUAUACAAAUCUUGUACGAUUUAUUAAACCAAAUCAAACAUAUCAAUUAUGGAAAAAUCCAUAUUCUUAUGAAAUAGAACAAAAUGAAUCUAAGAAUUCUUUAGAAUCACUAAAACAAAAUGAACAAUCGAAAAUUAAAACAAAUCAACAACAACUUUCAUCUGCUGAAAAUUCGUUAGAACAAGAUCUACCAUUAUUAUUAUCACUUAAUAAUGGUGUUUCAGAACCAGUUGAACCAAUAAUAAAUUUCAAUGAAAAUAUUCUUCGACCAAAAACUUCAUCAAUUAAUAAACAUUAUGUAAAACCAGUAUUAACAAUACUUAAUGGACCUUCUAUAAAUUUAAAUCAUCCAAUGAAAACACAACGAUCUGAAUCAAGUUUAGUUUCUUUUCUAUCAUCAACAAUACCAUCAAGUUCUCGAACAAUUGUACCAAAUAAAUUUCUUACUACACAAAAAAUUUCUUAUCCAAAUACAUUAUCAAAUCAAACAGAUUAUAAAUCUGUUAAACGAACAUGUAUUGAAACAUGUCAAUUAAUUGAUAAAGAUUUAACAUCAAAAUAUCAAGUUCUUACAAGAACUACGAAAUCAGCAGGUGUUAUCAAAUAA